GGGGGUCCUUGCCGUGUCCACUGCGCCAUGGUGGCCCCUCUGAGCGCACUGGCGGUCCUCCUGCUCCUCCUGCUUCUGGCGGCGUGCGGAGCGGUGGGCGUCCCCGUGGACAAGGCCGGCCCACGCUGCGACCAGGAGGACACGGCCAUCGCUCUGCCGGUUCCCGCGGCGGCGUCGAACGGCUCGGCCUCCACAAGAGUGCCGCCCCGCGCCGCCCCCCGCGUGCCACCGCUGUGCCCCGUCGCCUGCUACUGCCCUCCCGACCACCCCGGCGCCAUCUACUGCGACGGGCGGGAACUUCACGACGUCCCGCGCAUCCCCGCGCGUAUCCGCUUCGCGUACUUACAGAACAACAACAUCGAGGCGCUAUCGGAGUGCGACCUGCGGGACGCGGGUGGCCUCCUGGGGCUCAACCUCGACGGCAAUGUGCUCACGUCCCCCGCGCUGUCCCAGGACAUGCUGCGAUCGCUCCGGCACCUCUCGCAGCUGCACCUGCAAAGAAACCAACUCACGGAGGUGCCUCUGUUCCCCGCCUCCCUGGAGGACCUGCGAUUGGGGCAGAACCGCAUCGCGCUCGUGCCAAAGGGCGCAUUCGCCAGGCUGUCGCGGCUGCGCAUGCUGGACCUGAGCGCGAAUCGGCUGCAGGUCCUGCGGGACGACGCCUUCGCGGGCCUCUCUGCCCUCGUGCAGCUCAACCUGGCCGAGAACCGCUUGCGAGCCAUGCCGCCGAAGCCUCCUUCCGGAUUACUCUACCAGCUAAUCCUGCGCGACAACGUCAUCGAGUCAAUACCGGACAAUUACCUCGGCUCCUUCCCUCGCCUGGCGUGGCUGGACCUGGGAAAGAACGCCCUUGGGACGCAGCGAGGUGGCAGUGGCGCCGGGGCUGAUGCCGGCAGGCCGAGCGCUGGUGGGAACAGCAGCGCGACCGUCACCGCCCGUGGAAGUGUGAGUGUGAGAGAUGACGUUGGUGGUGGCGGUGGCGGUGGCACCAUCUGCGUCAGCGAGGGUGCCGGUGGAAAUAAGAAUGCAAGCGAUGCCGGUGACGCAGGGAAGAAAGUGGUCGUAACUGGGACCGAGGCCGGCAACAGCAGCUUGUGCGCAGUGAACGUUGCGUCGAAGGCUGACAGAGGAGGCGCCAGUGGAGAGAGACGGAUUGGGAUUCCGGAGCGAGCGUUCAUCUCGCGCUCCCUCAUCAACCUGCGCCUCUCCGCAAACCACCUGCAGCACGUGCCCGCGUUCCACAGCAACCUGGUGCAGCUGCACCUGGAUGAGAAUGACAUCGAAGACGUGAACACGACCGCCCUCUGCCGGCCCGAGGGCAGGGAGUCCCCGCGCCUCUCUUACUUCCGCCUGGACAAGAACCCCAUCAUGGAGUCGCCCCAGGCUCCCGUCACUUUGGGCAAGCUCAUGCAUUGCUUCCCCUACCUGCAGCCCAUGCUUUAGCGAGCGCAAGGCAGCGUAAUCUGUGCACCACUCAAACGAUCGCGCGCACGCACGCGCGCAUACACACAUGCACACAUACACGCAUACACGCAUGCACACACACACACACGCACGUACCCACACGCACGCAUACACACGCAUACACACACGCACGCACACACAUGCAUACACGCACACACGCAUGCACACAUGCACACACACAGCAUGCACACACACACGCACGUACACACACGCACGCACACACAAUUUGAGAAAGUUGAACUCUCGAACCGGAUAUAUACACCUGAGGAUUUAAAAACGAACUGGUCUGACCAAACUUGAGAAAAGUUAUUAUGAACCAAUUGGAAAUCUAUCGAUUCAGUCUGAUCAGGACCAGAUGAAUGCAGGGGUUUAUGAGUUAAACUCUCUUUAACUCGUACAGCGUUAUUGUAUAAUCUAUCAUUUAAUUUCACUGUUGUAUCAACGACGUUAUUAUGCAUGUCAAUAUGUUCGUAUUAAACACAUUCAAAUACCUGUGUGAUUUAAAAAAAACUUUAUUCUGACAAUAAACGCUUAAC